AUGUUGUUCUCUGCAAUUUCGAUUUUACUGCUCACAACACCCGCUCUUGGGCAAACCCUCAAUGCCUGGAGACAAACCGUCUACGGAGAAGGAUGCUGCAGUUACGCGGUAGAUGGGAAUGUAACAACUUACGAUGAAAUUGACUCUUUGCCAAAACGUCUUUCUCUUUUACUCAACUUUCCAGCUGCAUAUCUUGGUUUUUAUAUUCAGUCCUCCGGUUCUUACAUUACCGACUACUAUGUUGAAGCUGUCGAGUCAACCACGGUCAAAAAGAUUAUUGUUGGAAAGGUUUCUGGCGCUACCUCCAACCUUACUGUCGUCAAUUUUUAUGACUCUGCUGGCACAGCUCCAAUCUCCACAGAAACGUUGUAUCUCCAUAUCACUGGAGUAUCUGAUGGAGGUAGUGAGACAUUUGUCAACGAGAUAUAUCCCAUCUACUCCGGCGAUACCAUCGUAUACCCCUCCGGACAAUCCGCUCAACCCUCACCAACCCAAACUAAUGUAAUCCCAACACCAACUUCAACCAUUUUCCCCACACCUACAGCUCCAGGUAUAACCCUCAACGCCUGGCCCACCAUCACCGCCACCAUGCCUUUUGUCCAGGACCGCACAUCCUCGUACAUCGAUGGCAAUCCAUCCACCGGCUUAGUCGCCUCACAAUAUUACCUUCUUUUCAAUACUGCAAGCACAUACGAGGGAUUUUACAUCUUAUCUCAAUCACCAGAUUUCAUCACCGAUUACUAUGUCAUUGCACAUAACCCUAUCACGUACAAGCAAUUUGAAGUUUGUCGCGUUACGAAUGCUAAGUCAAAUUUCACUCUUUGUGCAUUUUUGGAUGAGGAUGGGAACCCAGGCUAUAGGAGUGCGACGAUUAAUAUCUAUCAGGAUGGUGCGGGGCAAGGGAAGCUUAAUGAGGUCUAUCCUAUCUGGCCAGGUGAUAUGCUUGUGGACCCCAAUGCUUGA